CUAUGGGUGAUUGAGCAUAUGCAUUGGAAAUGGCCAAGUUGCUUGAUCCCAAAAAAGAGUACUUUGGUGAUAGGGUGAUAUCACAUGAUGAUGGUACCCAAAAAUAUCCAAAGGGUCUAGAUAUUGUGGUUGGGCAAGAAAGUGCUGUUUUGAUACUGGAUGAUACAGAAAAUGCAUGGAUAAAGCACAAGGACAAUCUAAUUUUGAUGGAAAGAUAUCAUUUCUUUAGAUCUAGUUGUGCCCAAUUUGGGUUCACUUGUGAGUCUCUUUCAGAGUUGAAGAGUGAUGAGAGUGAGCCUGAAGGAGCUCUUGCAAAUGUUCUUGACCUUCUUAAGCGAAUCCACAAGAUUUUCUUCUAUGAAUUGGGAGGCAAUCUUAUAGAUAGAGACGUAAGGCAGGUUCUGAAAACUGUUAGGAAGGAAGUCUUGAAGGGGUGCAAAGUUGUUUUCAGCCGUAUAAUUCCUUCAAAAGUCCAGGCUGAUAAUCAUCACCUGUGGAAGAUGGCGGAGCAGCUGGGAGCCAUAUGUUCAACCGAAGUGGAUUCAUCAGUGACCCAUGUAGUUGCAUUAUGUGGCGAAAGCAACCUGAAGACAAGUUUCCUGUCACUGAAAUGAAAUCGAAAACCCAAAGCCAGUGAUUUGCUAUAUUUUGGAUAUGACUAACCCUGUCCUUGUUGUGGAUAAGUUGAGGUAGAAACUUGGGCGGUAGAUCUUUUCUCACAAAAGUGAGUUUGAUACUUAUUCAAAACUAGAGCACCAGAGAGCAGCUGCUUUUACUCUGAAUUUGUAUAUAGAUACACACAACCCGAUUUGUCUGACAAGAAGAGAAGAUAUGUUAAGGCAGUAGGAGGGUAUGGUGGUGUGCACAUUUUUAGCUACUUUGUUUCUCCGCAGCUGCUGAUCUGUCAUCAUUACAGCUCUUGUAGUUCUAACAGUUCACCGACUCAUGUCUAUAGAUUGUACAAGAAUUACUGAAUCAGUAGCAACACCUUUUUGCUAUCAUAAUAUUGAUUAGAAUAAUAUUUUCUUCAAUUUAAUGGCUGGUUUGUAAACG